AUUCAGCUUUCUCACCAACAACAUUGGGCACACCCAGUAAUCGUUCUUGCCCAUGGAUGUAGCCGCAUCCGGAUAGUUGUAAUUUGGCCACUCCACUCCCGCUGCAGGGAGGGAGAACCACGCAAAACCAGCCCGGACAGUGGUGAAACAGCAGACAGCCGCUCCUUCUUGUCAGUUGUUGGUUGCUCGUCCGCCAACUGCUCCCGGUGUGCGUGGUAUCAGCAUACCUUACCUACCAUCUUCACGCGCUCGUGCCUCCAUAGGCAACAACUCCAGGUCUGCCAUCCGGAUCCACGUGUCCGUCUCGUUCACUUCCAUUGCCUUCACGACGACCGCCGUCAAUAAUCGCGCUAGGGAAGCGCAACGAGAGGCAGUCCGCGCCGCGACUUGCCUCACCUCCUCCUGGUUGCCAGCGCAUUGAGCGCACGCGACAUCCGAACGCACCAACGACCGGUCUACAUAAUCAGCAUUCACGACCCUUCCUUGCGCCGUAAGGUAGCCGCUCUCUCAGCACCGCUCUAUUCCACCUCCUUCACCCUUUCGGCGGCUGGCUAGAACCUGCGCUCCGCAUCGCGCCGUCCAGCAUAGCAGGAUGUCUGCUCCAUACGAGAUACGUACCAACGACAACGGCAAAACCAAGAAACAAUCCAUGGCUGAGCUCAAGCUGCGACGGCUCACGGAGCUCAACCAGAGACUGCAAGAGGAUCUGAAUCGUCGAAGGAUACCUGUGUCAGAGGCCGCCAUGGACUUGAUCGCAUUCACAGACAAGGAGCCCAAGGAUUUCAUGGUUCCAAGUCGAUGGGGCACGAUCGAUAAACGCGAAGACCCAUACGCCCCACAGCAAUCGAAUGGCUGUUGUUCUGUGAUGUAGUUAUACCCCCUAGUACGCUCUGCUCACUUCGGCACUCGUACAGCAUUGGCGUUACAGCGGAUUGGUUUUCUGGGAGAGCGCAGCAAGCGCGGCGGACUUUUUUGCCUUUUUGCCAUUUGAGAGUGCCUUCGAGGAGCUCAACACCUGUUUGACUACAACAAAAUGCACUAUAAGUGGCAAUGCUAUUGGCUAUGGGGCGAUGUAGAUGAGGCUGAUGCUCACUAUUUUCGGACAUUGUCACCUUCUUUUCUCUCCGUGUAUGGGCUGUCUUCUGGUGGAAACACCUCGACUUCCAGACCUGGACCGUUGCAAUAACAUGAAGCUUCGUCGCGGCACAAUCUACGGUCCGAACAACUUGCUUAUCACUAUCACACCUGAGCUUACUGGCUUGCCUUUCUGAUUCC